AUGUUUGUGGCUAUCCCUGCAGAUUUUGUCUGUUAUCACAGGAACGGUGACAGCCAACAAAUGGUUGCUGGUGUUUCCAUCUGCAUGCAAUUCCCCCCGUCCUCUGCCCCCGAUUCUCGUUACGGGACGAAAGAAAAAGUGCACACCGAGGGUCAACAAGAACAAAGAAACCUCGAACGCGACCAGCGCAAGAACCAAGAUGAGAAAACUGCCUGGAGAUGUGCUAAAUACUGGACAAAUAACUGCAAAGCAGCAGUUCUCACGAAGCACGGAAAAGUCGUUAAGACAACACAAGAGCACAACCAUCCACCUGAUAGCAGCCUACUUCGGGAAGCGCGACUGAAGAAUGCAUUGAAGCAAAGGGUUAGGUUGGAGCCGCAUUUGCCAGCACCGCAAGUGUACAGCAGAGAGAUCUUGAGCCUUGUGGGUCAAGUUGACGACACGGUAAUGGCUGAGCUGCCGACUUUUGAGAGCGUGAGGAGCACCAUGUACAGGGAGAAGAGAAAGCAGCAACCGAGCCUACCAGGGGCAUGGCCGAGAUUGACCUUGGAAGACUACAUACGGAGACACUCGACAAACGAGACUUCCUGCUUGUUCAUCGAUGGCACGUUUUUCUCCUGCCCGUCACUGUUUUAUCAACUGGUCACAAUAAGCGCCGUCAAAGAGGGUUUGAGCUUCAACAUCGCCUACUUUCUUCUACCUGGGAAGUCUCGAGAAGUAUAUGUGUCGGCCUUCACGAACUUCAAGACGGCGUUGGACGCUCUUCGUGCACCUCUGUCACUCAGCGUUGUCCGUACGGACUUUGAACUGGCCCUUAUCCAGGCUUUUCUUUUCGUUUUUCCUGGAAUCCGGCACCAGGGUUGCCAUUUUCACUUCGCUCAAGCAAUCUGGAGGGAGGUUCAAGAACUCGGACUUGCCAAGGCUUACCAGGAAGAUUCUUCGGUAACGAUGUUUGUACGCCAGACAAUCAGUUUGGCCUUUGUCCCGCCAGCGUUCGUACGUAUUGCUUGGCGGGGUUUGAAGGCAACUGCACCACCAGCCCUUGGAGUCCCACAACUUAUCCUGUACUUCGAGGAUACUUGGCUCUUAGGAAACUACGACACCCAGCAGUGGAACCACCACCAAAACAGCGGAGCCCGGACAAACAACCUAAAGGAGGCCUGGCACCGAAAAAUUAACAACGCCAUCGGGAAAGCGCACCCCAAUGUCUACACUUUCGUGGAGCACAUCAAGCGGGACGAGGCCACCAGAGUCACCCUCCUCCAGGUAUCCAACGGCGGCCAAGACCGAAAGCGACAAAAGAAGUGGGAGAUGAAGGACGAAGCCAUCAGGAAGCUCGAGCAGCGUCUAUCCAAUGGAGAGCUCAACAUUCAAGAGUUCCUGAGGCUGGUGCAGCGAUAUUGCGGUAUCUAA